AUGUCUAAAUUGGAAGAGCAGUUGGCAUCUUGUCUACUAAAGCGCUCUGACAGAUCCCAACUUCGGAAACUCACGACAAUUCCCUCUUCAAACGUCGACUUUUCCUCCAACGCAUAUCUUUCUCUAUCAUCAAUUCCAUCUCUCAUCUCGGAUUAUCACGCUCUUCUUCAAAACCGUCCAUCGUUAGGGUCUGGCGGCUCUCGCUUGUUAGAUGGAAACUCCAGCUUUGCGCAAGAUUUAGAGCAAGACAUUGCAGCUUUUCACAAUGCUCCGUCUGGAUUACUUUUCAAUUCUGGCUUUGACGCUAAUGUGGGCAUCGUGAGCUGUUUGCCUCAAGUUGGAGAUGUUAUUGUUUACGAUGAGCUUGUUCAUGCCAGUGCUCACGAUGGCAUGAGAUUGAGCCGAGCUGCGAGAAAGAUCCCGUUCAAGCAUAAUUGUGUGUAUGGCGAGGGUGGUCUUGACCAUGUUCUUGCUGGUCUUGAAGAGGAAACUUCGGUGUUUAUUCUUGUCGAGGCAGUUUAUAGCAUGGAUGGAGAUGUUGCACCUCUGCGAGAUAUCGUGUCAUGCGUUAGAUCUAGGCUCACAGAGAACGGCUACGUUAUUGUUGAUGAAGCCCAUUCCACGGGUAUAUACGGUCAACAAGGACGAGGUUUAGUUUGCGAAUUGGGAUUGGAAAAGGACAUUUUCGCAAGGCUACAUACGUUUGGGAAAGCAAUGAGUUCUUUUGGAGAGUAUCUGAUCAACUACGCAAGAACACUAAUAUACACUACUGCACUGCCCUUUUCGUGUCUUGCAAGUAUCAGUGUAUCGUAUCAAUACUUGCAAGGCGGUUUGAUCGAUGCGAGAAUCACGCAUUUAUGGGAUCUUGUGGCCCAUGCACACAAGCUUCUGCUCUCAUUAACCUCGACAACUACAACUGUUCGCGUCAACGACGAACCAAAGUCACCCAUCAUUCCGUUGUUCACAUCUCAACCACGAAGUUUAGCACAGUUCUGUCAGGAGAGAGGGUACACAAUAAGGCCUAUUGUUGCACCAACUGUACCAAGAGGGAGUGAGAGGGUGAGGAUCUGUUUGCAUGCUGGAAAUACUGUGGCAGAAGUAGAAGGGCUACUUGAGACUAUAAGAGAAUGGGUUAGAUUUCAGGAAGGGGCUGUUGCCAGACUAAACAAGAUGGACAAACUUGGGCUUGCAUGUCCUGACACUGGCAGUGGAGUAUCCGCGGCAGCAAGUGAUGGGCUAUAA